UACUUUCACUUUCGCUCUCUAUCGCGAGCGCAGGUGCUUCUGGUAGCUUCCUCGGAAAUAACUGUUUUAGUCAGUUCUGUCGACCUUUAAAAAAACAAUUACAGGAUAUAUUUCAGUGAAAGUACUUUUAAUUAAGUUGAAAAACACUUCCCUGAGAACGAUGACUUCCAUAGACAUGAGUCCUGCGUCGAAAAAAGAGGUCGAUGGAUUUACAAAGAAGCUCACCAGAGAGGCAGAGCAGCUGGUCUCAACUUUCUUCCCUCAGAUGAUUGCAGAAAUGGACAACCUGCUCCAGGCGUCUCUGGUUUUGGAUGACCUUUCUGCUCUCAGAGCUCCUCUGGACAUCCCGAUACCAGACCCUGCCAAAGAGGAGCUUAAGAGAAAGAAGAAAGAAGAGAAAAAAGCAAAGGAGGGAAAGAAAUCUGAGGAUAAAGAGGAAGAGGAAGCAGGUCCUCCCUGUGGACCCAUAGCCAGUAAUGAGAAAGUGGACAAUCUCAUUAAAGAGAUAAAACCCCACAUUCAGACGCUGAAGGAAAAACUCAAUACAGUGUCCAUGUGGGUACAGCUACAGAUCCCCAGGAUUGAGGAUGGCAACAACUUUGGUGUUGCUGUGCAGGAAAAGGUAUUCGAGCUGCUUACCAACACCCGCACCAAGAUUGAAGGUUUCCAGACACAGAUCACAAAGUAUUACAGCGAGAGAGGAGAUGCUGUAGCCAAGGCUUCCAAACAGCCACAUGUGGGUGAUUACAGACAGCUUGUUCACGAGUUGGAUCAGCACCAGUACUGUGAGCUGCGCAUCGUGGUUCUGGAGAUCCGCAACACAUAUGCCGUGCUGUUUGACGUCAUCAGCAAGAACUAUGACAAGAUUAAGAAGCCUAGAGGAGAUUGUAAAGCCCUUAUCUACUGAGAAAAAACGCCAUCAGCACUCGUGCUACAUACACUCAGAAUGAAAGAGAAACAUUGCAUAUUAGAUUUCGUUUUUUGAUGCUUCGUCAGGUUUAAGCACAAAACAGAGACAGAUCUGAAAUUGCCUUUGUUCAUCUUUACAUAAUAAAGCAGUUAUAUUGUGUAUAUUA